AGGUCUUUUCUACAUUCAUGAUAAUGAAACCGAACUUCCUAAAAGUCACAAGAUUCGACGGUUCGUGGAGUAUUUGGAAAGUGAAAAGAUUUUGGACGAUUCCAUUGAUGAAAACCUACGUUCUUUUGUGUCUUUCAACAACAAACUCAGGGGUAAGGCCAACAGAGGAAUUGGUAUUUUUUUCAAAUCCUUGGUCCAUAAAACGGGGUUUGUAUUGCUAAAGGUCCUUGAUCUAGAGGGUGUCUAUAAACCUAUGCUUUUUGAGAUAGUGGGCAAUUUACUUCUUUUAAGGUUUCUAGGCUUGCGAUUGACAGUACUAGAUUCAAUCCCCUCGGCUGUCGGAAAGCUGCCGUGCCUAGAAACUCUAGAUCUGAAGCACACUAACGUGACCACCCUACCCAACUCGAUUUGGAAGGCGAAGAACCUUAGGCAUCUGUACAUGAACGAGGUUCACAUUGACGCAUUCCUCCAGAAGCUGAGUAAAGGUUCUUUAAGCAAUCUUCAGACACUGAGGGGGCUGUAUGUCGGUAACGAAAGUGUUGUGACCAACAGUUUGGAUAGACUGGUUAACGUCCGGAAAUUGGGACUGACAUGUCACAAGAAGUCAGUGAAGGCUGUGGUAAAAUGGGUUCUGCUACUGCCUAAUCUUCAUUCUCUGAAGUUGAGGUCAAUUGAUGAGUUUGGUAAGCCGUUGAACAUUGAAUUAGUGUCCCUGGAGAAACAGACCAAGCUCUGCAACUUAUACUUGCUCGGGGAACUAGUGGAGCAAGUAAACCUGGCACUAGUAAAGCAAGUAAACCUGAGCGGGGUACUCCCAUCGUGCCUCAAGAAACUUACAUUGUCAAUGUCGGCACUGACGGAAGAUCCUAUGCCAGUGCUGAGCAAGUUGCCUGAGCUAAGCAUCCUCAGACUCUUUGCUCAUUCGUAUUUAGGACAUCAAAUGACUUGCGAUGGUGAGGGAUUUCUGAAACUCAGGGUAUUGAAGCUGUGGAUGCUCAACCAACUGAGGAGCUGGACAGUGAAGAAGGGAACGAUGCCUAUCUUACAAGAACUAGAAAUCAGAGGGUGUGAUGCAUUGACGAAUAUUGAUGGAAUCGAGCACUUGCAAGGCUUGAAGGAACUUACUCUGACUGAUAUGCGAGAGGAUUUCAUAAAAAUAAUCAAAAGAGGUGUAGGAAGUGAAAUGUACACCAAAGUAAAUGAGUGGAAGCUUUCUCGUCAUCAGGUAGGUCUUUAUUGCCCUCAUGUUCAAUUCUGUCUGUAUGUUAUGCUUUCAUACUCAGAUUCAUGUCUGGACUGGAGACUUGACGACAAAGAAGAGUCCAGCUACAGCGGCACGGGACCGUCAAGGGCAGCGGCUCAACUACUUCGUCGAUGGCAUCAAAGGAUCCCAGUCUCGGGGGCAGCAGAUCCUGUGGAGCUUCGCGGCUUCGUCGUCGAUGAGAAGGCGCUGAGUUGGGUCACUGUUUUAUGGCAGCAGCAGCGGCAGGGAUCGUCGUUGAGCCACGGCGGCAGCAAGCUACUCACAGCCACAGCGCAAGUCAAGGCCGAGAAACUUUGCCGUUCGUUGGAUUCAGCGAACGUCCUGGAUGAGCAGCUCUCGGUGGCAGGUGCAGCGUUGGUUCAGGUUGACGAUGAGCACUAG